AUGAGGUUGUCUGUCACUCUAUCCUGUCCCCUGGACCUGACCCUGUUUCCCAUGGAUACGCAGCGCUGUAAGAUGCAGCUGGAGAGCUUGUCUACAGUUGGCUAUACAACAGAUGACCUGCAGUUUAUGUGGCAGUCAGGGGACCCUGUCCAGAUGGAGGAGAUCGCCCUGCCCCAGUUUGAUAUCAAACAGGAGGAUAUAGAGUAUGGCAACUGCACCAAAUUCUACGCAGGGACAGGCUACUACACGUGUGUGGAGGUGAUCUUCACCCUGAGGAGGCAGGUGGGCUUCUACAUGAUGGGAGCCUAUGCCCCUACACUCCUCAUCAUGGUCCUCUCUUGGCUCUCAUUCUGGAUCAACCCUAAUGCCAGCGCUGCCAGGGUCCCUCUGGGGAUCCUCUCGGUGCUCUCCCUGUCUUCUGAGUGCACGUCCCUGGCCUCAGAGCUGCCCAAGGUGACCUAUGUGAAGGCCAUCGACGUCUGGCUCAUCCGAUGUCUGCUGUUUGGCUUCGCCUCGCUGGUGGAGUACGCCGUGGUGCAGGUGAUGCUCAACAGCCCCAAGCGCAUUGAGGCAGACAAGGCCAAGAUGGCGUCCGAGGCAAAGGGGAAGGAGAAGGCGGCGGGCAGGAACAACACGGUCAACGGCACCAGCGGGACGCCCAGUCAUGUCAGCACACUGCAGGUGGGAGAGACCCGGUGCAAAAAGGUUUGCACCUCCAAGUCGGACCUGCGCACCAAUGACUUCAGCAUUGUUGGCUCACUGCCGCAGGACUUUGAGCUCUUCGACUGCUACGGGAAGCCCAUCACCUUGCAUCACGGCUUUAGCAAAAGCCAGGCCAAGGCCAAGAAACCGCCACCGCCCAAACCCGUCAUCCCCUCAGCCGCCAAGCGGGUCGACCCCUUUUCAACGUCACCUAUUGAUCCGUGAACUUGUUGAUCAUGGAAUUAAUUUAAGGAUUUUGGGCACAGCCAGCUGUGCUUGUAGACCACAUUUUCUACUCAUUUCCAUCUUUGCCCUGUGAUCUCGUAUUUUGAUCCAUUCUUCCUUAAUUCAAGUUGUUUAUGUAUUUAUAUGAAUCUAUAUAUUAUUAACUAUCAUUAUUAGCACUAGAAAAAAAUCACAUCGUCCAUUAAUUCAUGAUUGGCACUAGGAAAAGAAGAAAAGCAUCACAGGUGUAUUUCAUGAGAUGAAUAAUAUACAAAUGAUUUGACAAUAGAUAGAAUUAAGAAAAUAAUAAUCAAUGAAAAAUUGAUCAAGAAUUACGUUUUUGUUAAAGUAUAAAUUCAAAUAGAUUCAAUUAAUUAUUUAUUGAAAAUAUUAGUGUAAAUGCCAGGUCCUUGUCACGCCAGGGUGUGACAUGGGUUUAUUUUGUUGUAUUUCGUAUUGGGGUUUUGUAGUUAUUGGGAUUGCGGCUGAGUAGGGGUGUAGCAUAGGUUUGGCUGCCUGAGGCGGUUCUCAAUCAGAGUCAGGUGAUUCUCGUUGUCUCUGAUUGGGAACCAUAUUUAGGUAGCCGGGGUUUCACUGUGUAUUUCGUGGGUGUUUGUUCCUAUCUCUGUGUAGUGUUCACCAGAUAGGCUGUAAUUAGGUUUUCACGUUCCGUUUGUUGUUUUGUAUUUAUUUAGUUAUUUCAUGUAUCGCUAUUUUUUUCAUUAAAGAUCAUGAGUAACCACCACGCUGCAUUUUGGUCCGACUCUCCUUCAACAAACGAACGCCGUUACAGUCCUCUGAUUUUGGCGCUAAUUGCCGGAACUUGCUGGCAAGUUUGAUAAGAUGGCAUUGGCAAAAAGUUUACAAUUGCAUGUAAAAAAUUGCUGAUAUGAAUAUAAAUACAGUAUAUUAGAUCUAUCAAUGUUUAUUAAUAUGACUUUUUUUUCUCCAGUACUCCUGUUGAUAUGUGAAACAUCUUAUCCUUGUUCAGAUGGUUAUUUGACAUUGCCACGACGAGAAUUGUAACUUAUGACCAUCUCUCACAUGACUACAUAUCAUGUGUAAAUGGGUUAACAAACUGACCAUAUAGAUAUUAUUUACAAAUGUGCAAUUU